AUGUCUGAUCAGCGCAUUUCGGUGGCGGUGCGCAUCCGUCCUCCCAUCGAGCGUGAGCGCUACGAGCCCGUGUGUGCGCGAAAGGCGGACGAUGACCAGACCAUCAUCAUCAAAUCGGAUGAAACCUCCUCCAGCGUCGGCGGCACCUCCGCCUUCCAGUUCGACUACGUCUUUGACGAGACGGACGAUCAGCUGGCCGUGUACGAAGAGUCGGUGCAGGAAAUGGUCGACCACGCGUUGUCAGGGUUUAAUGCGACUGUCUUCACCUACGGUCAGACCGGCUCCGGUAAGACCUUCACCAUCUUAGGUCAGAUGUCGCCGGACGGGAAGGUCAACGACGUCUCGGGUAUGUUCCUGCGCGUCUUCGACGACCUGUUCACCUACAAAGAAUCCGUAAAGGACCGCAUUCACAUCCUCAUUACGCUCUCGGCGAUGGAGCUCUACGUCGAGGACGUCAUGGACCUGCUCUCCAACAAGAAGAAGCUGAAGCUGCGUGAGACCCCGGAGGAGACACUCACGAUGGGCAUCAGCGUUGUCGAGGUACACACGAUGGCGGACGUGGUGCGCAACUUCCACAUUGCGAACUCGUUUCGCUCCGUCACAGCGACGAAGAUGAACGACACCAGCUCGCGCAGUCACGCCCUCUUUUUCAUUGACCUCUUUCAGGUGCCCGCUGAGAAGUCGCCGCAGUCGCCGGUGCUGUCGCAGCUGGUGGACGCCAACGGCUCGCCGACGACGCAGGGGUGCCCGGGUAUCAUCCGCUCCCGCAUUGCGCUGGUCGACCUCGCUGGAAGUGAGCGUGUGAAGCGCUCGGGUGUUACCGGGCAAGCGAUGGUGGAGGCGCAGGCCAUUAACAAGUCCUUGUCGACUCUCGGCACUGUGAUCAAUGCCAUGUACACACAGAGCCCGCACAUCCCGUUUCGCGAAUCGAAGCUGACGAAGCUGCUGAAGCCGUGCUUCGUCGAAACCACUUCCCGUCUGCUGCUGAUUGGUCAGGUGGCACCGCCGUCGAAUAGCGCCUCGGAGUCGCUGGGCACGCUGCGCUUUUGCGAUCGCGUGAAGGGCCUGAAGGCAGGUCAAGUGAUGGGCUUCACCAGCCCCGAGGCGGAGGAAGCCUACCUAAAAUCAUGUCGACUGAACGAAGAACUGCUGGCAGAGAUGCACAUCCUUCGCGCCCAGUACUACUACGAGCCUGCCAACCUGCUGGGCCUCGCCGCUGCCCACGGUGUCCCCCUCGAGCAGGAGAAGCAGCGCGUCGCUGCAGAGCUGCAGGCCGGUGCGGCGGACGUCGUAGCCCGCAAGGAGCAGGAAGCGCUGCUGAAGGCCGAAGAGGCCGCCAACGCGGAGCGCGACACGGAGGUGGAGAAGUUCGUCCUGCACAUGAACGGUCUCAUCGAGGAGUACGAGCAGGUCGCCCGCAGCGUGAAGAAGGAGAAGAAGGCGCAGAAGAAGGUCCACGAGGAGCAGGAGGCGGAGCACGAGGCGCGGCUGCACGAGGCGAAAAAGGCGAAGAAACAUCGGCUGAAGAUGGAGGAGGCGAUGGCGGCGGCCCAGCUGCAACUGCAGACAAUGGACGAGGAGGCUCAGGGACUCGACAUUCAAAUUGAGAUGGCCCAAAAAGACGUCGCGGCAGCCUCGCUUCGCGACGACGAUGUCGGCACCUCCAACGCCGCGGUGGACUCCGCCGUGGAGGAGGCGACGCAUCGUCUCGUCGAGUCCUUCUACAACCAUGCCACGGAGCAGAGCCGGCUGUACUCGCUCUACGUCUCUCGGCUCGGCGCCACCGGUCGUGAGCGCUCGCAGGUGCGUCGCAUGAAGCUGAUGAGCUCGACGUUGGUGACGGAGGGCACGCUGCUCUACGACCUCAUCGCCUUUCUCGUGGACCGCGCCGUGGACACCGCGGAGGGCGACGUCACGCAUGGCGCGAAGUGGGGCUGGCACGACGUGGACGGGCUCAGUCAGCGCAUGCUCUGCGCGGACGAGAUGUACCCCCCGCUGCUGCCCUCCGAGUUCGAGCCCCUCGACGCCGACGCCCAGCCCUGUGCGGAGGAGGCGCACGACAUCACCUUUCUCAGCUCCGACGAGAGCGACGACGAGCACUCGCACCACGCAGCGGAGUCGCGGCGUAUUCGCCAAAUACGCGACGCCGCGGUAGCUGCGACGACCAACGGCACAGUCACGUCAAAUAAGAAACAAGAAGACAACGGGAACGCCGCGGCUGAUAGCAGCGGCAGCGCGGACGAGUCCCCUGCCGCCGCCCCGCCGGCUCACUCAUCGGAUUGGUUGAACGACGGCAUCGUGGGACGGACACCGCCGGCGCUGCAGGGGCUGGAGGCCGGCGCCGUCCCUGCGACCGCCACCACCCGCCCCCGCCACCACAAGAAGGGGGCGGACGGCGCAGAGGCGUCAAAGAGAGGGAGGAAGUCGCAGCGGAACAGCAGCAGCAUCACUGUCGCGGCAGCACCACCAGCAUUGCCAGUGGCCGACACCGCCGACGCCACCAGCGUGGGCGAGGAGGAGACGGAGGAAGGGGAGUCGGUGUCGGAGUCGAGCGGGACGGAGUCGACCUCGUCGGACGACCUAUCCGCCGACUCCGACGACGAGCAGGCAGCGGAGCGCCAGAAGGCACGCAACGCUGCGCCCAAGAAGAAGAAGGCACAUCAAAAGAAGAGCGAAAAGCGGAAGAAGGAGGCAGAGGCGGCCGGCGCGACGGUGCCGCCAGUGGACGCGCCGAACCCAUCGUACCAGGCGAGCGACGCCCGGGCGCUGAUGAAAGUCUACGACUCGCCUACACUCGUGCACGACUUGAUUCGCUUCCUGCGCGGCGGCUCUCGCAUGAUGAAGCACUGCCGCCGCGGCAAGCCGCAUCAGCGCAUCUUCUGGGUAUCGACGCAGCGGGGAAAGAAGGAGCUCUUUUGGAAGGCGCCGGACUCGCGCAGCGCCGACCAUGCCUGCAUCCACCUCGCCGACGUCAGCUACAUCCAGCUCGGGUGCUUUAGUAAAGUCUUUCACCGCCACCGCAUUCUGCCCAGCGAGCCCGCCUUCUUCCGGGCCUUCACGAUCGGCCUGCGGCACGGCGGGCGCACAGUGGACAUCGUCGCCGAGACGUUGCCGGACUACGAAGCGUGGGUGGUUGGCCUCGCCCACCUCGUCGGCGUUGACCCGGUCUGGGGCGGCAAAAUUGAUCUGACGAAGGAAAUGGGCACGGACAGGCUGACGUACUUUGAGUCUGGCUGCUGCGAGGCGAACUACAUUCGCCCGCUGCAGUACUUGGAGCUGAAAAAGCGGGUCCAGCACGUUGCCACGCGCACGAUGCAGGUGCUAAGUGAGUGCGGCAACGACGCGGCGAAGGCGCAGGCCAUCCUCGGCGGCAUCCACCUGCCCGCAGUGAAUGAGAAGGGGGCGGUGUACAUGACAAAAGGCGAGCUGCGCUUCUUGAUGUCUGACACCUUCGACAUCUUCCGCAUCUCGCGGCUGUGGAUGUUGUUUCAGCAGAUAAAUUUGGUCUACGACGACGCCUUUACGCCCGCCACCGCGUUUGGCAUCACGCAGCGUGAGGGUUAA